CAUUCCCACGUGUGCUGCCGAAAAUGCAAAAUGUGUGGGGCAUUGCGGCUUUUGUUACCGCUGUGAAAAUUCUUCUUAUUCCAACUUAUCACUCUACUGACUUUGAGGUCCAUCGUAAUUGGUUAGCAGUAACCAAUAGUUUGCCAUUGUCAAAGUGGUACUAUGAGGCCACAUCAGAAUGGACAUUGGAUUACCCUCCCUUCUUUGCCUGGUUUGAGUUUUUGCUCUCUCAUAUAGCCAAAUAUGUGGACCCACAGAUGGUGGUGAUAAAAAACCUCAACUAUGCAAGCCAUGCCACAGUUUUGUUCCAGAGAUUUUCUGUCAUAAUUACAGAUUUUGUUUACAUCUAUGCUGUAAAAGAGUUCUGUGAGAAAUGUCUGCGUCCUGUGAAAAGGAGUCCAGAGGGAGAUGUUUUCUCCAAUUCUGUGCUCUCUCUGGCUGUCCUUAUGAUUGGAAACUUUGGACUCCUCAUUGUUGAUCAUAUUCAUUUUCAGUACAAUGGAUUUCUGUUUGGGAUCUUGAUGCUGUCUAUAGUAAGAAUAUAUGAGGGUCGCAAUCUGGAGGCAGCUUUAUUAUUUGCAACAUUACUGAACUUCAAACACAUCUUCCUGUAUGUGGCCCCAGCUUAUUUCAUAUACUUACUGAGGUCACACUGCUUCCAGAAUGCAAAAGAUGGCAGUAUCUUAUGGACCUCUUUUUCUCCUCUGCGCCUGCUCAAGCUAGGUACUGUGGUUCUCAUGGUGUGUGGGAUGUCCUUCGGGCCUUUCAUUGCCAUGGGCCAGCUUCCUCAGGUGAUCUCCAGGCUGUUUCCAUUCAAGCGUGGUCUUUGCCAUGCUUACUGGGCACCUAACUUCUGGGCACUGUACAAUGUGGUGGACAAGGCUGCCCAUAUCACAGGGACCAAACUGAAUCUCUUUCCCUCCACAAACAGCAGUCAGGCAGCCGUAAUGACAGGGGGGCUAGUACAGGAGUUCAACCAUGCAGUGCUGCCAUCUGUGAAACCCAUAGCAACGCUGGUGGCUACAGGGCUUUCUAUAGUGCCUGCGCUGUUCCUUUUGUGGAGGGGCUGUUACGGACCGAAGAGUUUUGUACGCUGUUUAACUCUCUGUGCGUUCGGAUCCUUCAUGUUUGGAUGGCAUGUCCAUGAAAAAGCCAUUUUACUAAUUAUAAUACCAAUGAGCCUCCUUGCUCUAGAGAAGAAGAGAGACGGGCAGCUAUUUUUAUUCCUGGCCACCACGGGCCAUUUCUCUCUCUUUCCACUGCUGUUUACAAUAGCAGAAACACCGAUUAAGAUUAUUUUAAUGUUGGUCUAUACAAUAUUUGCAUUCACAAGCUUAGGAGAAAUAUUUGGGUUACCAAGAAGAGGACUUUGUCUACCUUUACUAUCCAUUCCAGAGUCAUUGUAUAUUUUGGGUCUCAUUCCAGUACAACUGUACUGCAGUGUAGGCCAUUCUUUAUUACGAUUGGACGAAAAACUUCCGUUCAUACCUUUGAUGCUCACAUCAGCAUAUUGUGCUUUAGGAGUAACAUACUCAUGGCUACGGUUUUAUUGGUUAACGUGGAAGGAUAUUUGCAUAGAAAAAUCCAAAAAGAGGGAAUAAUCAUAUGCAAGAAUAAAAAAAUGGUUAUUUUCAAAUAUUUCCAUAUGAUUGUUAUUAUGCUAUUGCAGGCAUCACAUUGUCCUGAAAUUGACGCCAGAUGGACACAGAGUAAUGGAAAUGAUUAAAUUCGUAUGUAAUGUGUAUAAAUAGCAAGCCAUUUAUGAAGACAUCUUAAAUCGUCUUUUGACUGAAGGCGGGGUUUCUCAGAUGCCUGCAGGAAGUGGUUCAUGAACAGUGACAAAAUCUUUAGCAUACUGAAAUAAUUGCUGAAUUUUUUUGGAAGCUCUUUUGUGUGGAAGUUUUAAUGUCCAUUUUGACUGCAAUGGGUUUUUGUGACGACAUUUUGUCAAAUGGUUACAUUGACCAGGUUAAGGUUCAUCUUGCAUGUAUUCAAAUAUACUUGUUUGUGUGGGGAUCUGAUGUCGAUUUCGGUACAUUGUGACGCCUACAAAACCCAAAUCUGAAUGGGCGUAGCAUGUAUCUAUUUGUAAACUGACCUUCACUGUUUAGCAUAAGGUCACAAAGUUUGUAUCUCUUUUUCCGUCUUCUGUAAGAAGGUGUAAGUAAGGAGUUAUUAGACUCCUCAGGGACAGGAAUGAUUACAAGUUUGUUGAAAUAUGCCCCCAUGAAAAAUUGUCAUAAUGCAGUGCCAAUUCAUUAUGUAUUUGGGAAAAGAAGCGUCAUUAUUUGUGUGCAUAUGGGACUCCUCGGCUGUUUGUAUUUGACUUCGUUGAAUUUUGAUGUCUUGUGUUAAGUUUUUUUCCCAAAUAAGUGUUUAAAGUCUUACUUAUCUUUUGUUAAUCAUUUACAUUGCUAAUAAAUUGCAAUAUACAAGAGCAGCAAUUUAUUGGAUUUUAUAAUUUCUUUUCAAUCAAUUUAAUUAAAGCAAUACAAAAGGAUCUUGCAUCAGGGACCUUGAAGAUUUAUUAUGUGGAUUCAUGUUCAAUACACCUAAAUAAUGGAAGCGCUUACAUUCAUUUUAGUCUUGAAAUAAAGCUUGGAUAACUUGAAUUUUUUUUAUAAGAGGGGUUUCAACAAACUAAAAAUUAAUGAAAAAUACAGAAUUCUGAAAUCGGUGACGCCAACCAGGGACUUCUUAUAAAACGCGCACCGAGGUGGAAUUUUAGGCUACCCAAGUCUCUAAGCUUAAACAGAGAAAGACAUGGCGAGUUGUAUUUAUCCAAAAAGCUCACCCAGUAAUUACACAGCGAUUAUAUCUGUAUAUCUGUUAUUAAGCAAUUCAACAAUGCAAUGUACGGUAAUGGUUCGAUCAUUUCAACCGGGAAAAUUAUCAAUUUUUCACAAAAAUAAUUGCGGAAUCACUUAAAAUAUAUUUCUGGGAAGUAAUUUGCUUUUGCUUUUACUGUAUAAAUUAGAACUAUUAGGUAAUCUGAUGUUCAA